CACGUUGAAUAAGGUCUUGUUUUAUGCACGCAUGUCCUGAAAUGCAGAGAACCUCAUUCUCCAACCCUCCACACUCAUACAUCAAUACAUACAAAAUAUACAUACGUGCAUAUAGGUACAUAUAUUUAAUAUAUUUAAAUACACGUAUAUAUGUUUAUAUAGAUGCAUACAUGUACGUGUGGGUGUCUGUGUGUAUGUAUAUAUAUAUACAUACAGACACAUGUAGGUAGACAUAUAUUCUUACAUACCGCACAUUUGCACUGAAUGUAUAUGGAUAUACAUACGUAAAUGAAGUUAAGAGAGAUAAAGAAAUAAUUCAAAGAGGUUUUAGUAAGUGUUCACUGAUGGCGGACGGGAGGGAAUCUAUGCUGUGUUCUACAGCUCACCAUCGAUAGCAGUACUCACUUAGAAGCACACCAUCGUUAAACUUACAUAAUUGUUAUUGUUGUUGUUAUUAUUAUUAUCAUCGUUAUUUUUAUUUUUAUUAUUAUUAGUUUUAGCAUUGUUUUUAGUUUUGUUAUAAUUAUUAUCGUUGUUAUUGUCACCGUCAUAAUUAUCAGAUUUAUAAUUUAAAUUAUAAUUUGAAUUAUUUUUUUCUCAUUUUCAUUACUAUCACUGAAUAUUUUCUAUAUUUUUAUAUUAUUAAUAUUAAUUUUGACCAUUUUUAUGUUGAUUAGUAUUACAAUUAUGCUAAUAUUAUUAUUAAUGUGCUGUUUCAGAAUUUCUUAUUUUCCUUAAUUAAUUAGUAUGAUUAUUUCAUCUUUAUAAUUGUUGCAUUCAACAUUCUAGUUAACGAGCUAACAGUUAUAUCUUUUUGUUAUUGUUAAUAUAAAUAAUAUUAAUUCAAUAAGACCAUUCUCGGGACGUAUUCCAAUGAAUUCUACAAAACUGAGAAUGAAAUUUUAAGGAAGAAAUACAACACGAAUCUGAAAGAGACCAAGAUUUACUGUUGCUACUGCUCCUCGCACACCAUUAAGAAGGCGCUGACUUUUCUAAUAAAAACCCAUCUCUCAACUCUCCAAGGAACAUGCUUUCUGUCCUGGAGAUAUACGAAAGCCUGCCAUCAUGGCCGUUUCUGAUGUUGUUUAUACUUUAUAUCUGCGUGGCUGUUACCGGAAACGUUGCUGUUAUCAUUGUUGUUGUAUCCCGGAAAUAUAUGAGGACUCCCGCAAAUUUAUAUAUAUCUUCCUUGUCGUUUGCCGAUCUAAUAAUUGCUCUUGUAGUCAUUGGCAACACUGCGAAAAGCUUCAGCAAAAUAUAUUUAGAGUAUAGUAUAUACCGUUGUGUAUUGGUUCCAUAUUUCGAAGUGGUGGCCAUAUCAGCAAGUGUGUUGUCGUUAAUGGCCAUUACUGUUGAUCGGUACCAAGCUGUUUUGCAAAAAAGAGUCAGUAAAACUCCUUUGAAAUUCGCCGCCAAAAUCGUUGGAUUAGUCUGGCUGUCGGCCGUCCUCUAUGGUCUUCGAGUCAUCCCUCAGUUCUACAGCAAGCUGAAGUCUUCCGAUGAUACAGAACAUCAGAACAGAACCAGCUCAAAUCCCCCAUCGAAAGAUAACAACGCCAGGGAUGAAUUGUCUGACCACAAUGGCAACACUUCAGGUAUUCCCCGAUGGUCAUGUGACUUCUUCAUGGAAGAAGACGAAACGGAUAUGGUAUUCCGGUUUUUCGAUUUUCUCAUUCUCUUCGUUGUGCCUUUCAUAGCAAUGAUCGUGAUGUACGGACGCAUUAUAUCAACCCUAUGGCGAAAGAAAAUACCCGUUGGUACCGGCCUUCGAAGAAAGCGAAGAGUCGCUAAGAUGCUUCUGAUAAGUGUUCUUGUCUUCAUGAUCUGCUGGGUACCGUUUUAUGUGCAGGAAUUUGUUGGUGACGGUAUGAUAAUGACUGGAAAACAUGUCGAUAGAAAUGUAUUGGCAGCAUUCCGAAUAAUAUUCAUUCUGGUUUCAUUUGCCAACUGCUGUUUAAAUCCGGUUAUUUACGCCUAUUAUAACAACAAUUUUCGAUACGAGCUGAAAUAUAUGAUUAGACAGAAAAAUAAAGAUCAAAGACAUAAACAUACAUUCCAAGUGACACCAACAAGCAGUAGAAACGGUAUAUGAAAGAGAAUGGUAGACUUGAAAUAACUUCAACAUCACACAAACACACACACACACACACACACUCACACAUACACAUGAAUAACAAAGGGUGUAUACAUAACAGUUGUUUAGCCAAAUAGAUGUAUUGAUUCCUUAUAAAUGUGUGUUUUAUGUGUAUACGAUGUUUAUAUGUGAGAUAGUGUGCCUCAGUUUAUAUAUAUACAUACAUAUAUAGAUGCAUACACACACAAACACACACACACACACACACACACACACACACACAUAUAUAUAUAUAUAUAUAUAUAUAUAUAUAUAUGUAUAUACACACAAUGAGUGAAAGAGUUGGAUAGAGAGCAGGAAGCUUGUGCCCGCAAACAAACAAACAUACACGCACACAACGCACAGAUAACAAAGGAAAUGUAUGUUUGCAUGUGUGUGCGUUUAUAUAUACGUGCUUGUGCAGGUGUAAGUA